ACUCAGAAAGAGGGCAUCUCUUCUGAGCGGAGACUCAGAAAGGAGCGGACCUGGGGAGGAGGCGAGCCGAGGCACCGCACCAGCCCCGUUCAUGAACUUGCUGGAAACCAGAGUGAGAAAACAACUUCAUGGCUGAAUGACUUGUGCAUCCCUUUUUUUGUCUUUUUUUUCUCUUCUUAUUCUCUGGGAAUCUUGUCGACUUUUGCACUCCAGCUUUUUGCAGUUUUGCGCUCCACUUUUGAAUUGAACGAGAUCUAGAUCUGCGCUUGGGUGGACGUCUUUUUGGCGGACAUGGAUAUCCAUAUAAAGUGGAAAAGAAAACGUCGGAUUAGAGACUUGCCCCUGGCGAUAGCGAUUAUUGUGGCAUGUAUCAUUCCGCAAGCCAGCUCAGUGGAACCCGCAGAUCUCUUGAAGAUAUUAGAGUUUCAGAAUUUACCCGAAGGUGUAACGAAAACGACAGGGUUUUGUCCACACAGAAGAUCUUCCAAAGGACCUGAUGUGGCUUAUAGAGUAUCGAAGGAGGCCCAGCUGAGUGCACCCACCAAGCAGCUUUAUCCUGAUUCAUCUUUUCCUGAGGACUUCUCCAUUUUGACCACUGUGAAGCCAAAGAAGGGCAGUCAGUCAUUCCUCCUGUCCAUUUACAAUGAGCAAGGCAUCCAGCAGAUUGGCAUGGAAAUGGGCCGCUCGCCGGUGUUCCUCUAUGAGGACCAUAUGGGUAAACCUGGCCCAGAGGACUACCCGCUCUUCAGGGGCAUAAACCUGGCUGAUGGGAAGUGGCAUCGUGUAGCUAUCAGUGUUCACAAGAAAACCGUCACCUUGGUGGUAGACUGUAAGAAGAAGAUGACAAAGACGCUGGACAGGAGCGCCCACCCGAUUAUUGACACCAAGGGCAUUCUCGUGUUUGGCACCAGAAUACUCGAUGAAGAAGUUUUUGAGGGUGAUAUUCAACAGUUAUUGAUCGUUCCCGACCACCGAGCAGCCAAUGAUUACUGCGAGCACUACAGCCCGGACUGUGAAACUCCUGUCCCAGAGUCGGUGCAGUCUCAAGACCCAAACACUGAUGAAUAUUAUACCGAAGAAGAUAACUACUACUAUGAAUACCCUUAUUAUGAGGACCCAAAGACUGAGAGCAAGACAGUCACCGCAGCACCGAAACUCGAAGAAACAGCUGAACCCGAUGUUGAAAUCCCCGAGGAAGUUGUGUAUGACCCCAUAGAAGAAGAAGUCACUCUAGCUCCUACAAAAGAGCCCGACCCAUCUGAACUUGAGAAACCUGAGGAGGAAAUCUAUGAAGGAACAGUCACUCCAGAGGGCAAUUAUGACUAUGAAACAUACGAUGAGGAUUUCUACAAGACCAUCGACUCUAAAACAGAACUAGAUGGGACUGAGAGCCCAAAUGUAGAUGUACACACGGAAAUCAACUUAGGAGGAGGAGGAGGAGGAGGAGGAGGACGUGGGGUAGGAGGAGGCGCGAGGGUUUCCAAUGUGGACACUAUUACUACCUUGGAUGGGGGCUCAAAUGUGGAUCUGGGAACAAGGAUCGGUGGAGGCUCAAAUGUGGAUAUUCUGACUCGGCUAGAUGGGGGAGCAAAUGUGGACUUGGGGGCAAGAGUGGACGGGAGUGCUACUGUAGGGGUGGGUUCAAAUCUGGAUAUCAUAACUCGGCUUGGUGGGGGCGCCAAUGUGGACUUGGGGACAGGAGUAGGAGGUGGCAGUGCUAAUGUGGACCUGGGAACACGAAUCGGAGGCGGUGGCGGUGCUGGUGUGGACCUGGGAACACGAAUCGGAGGCGGUGGCGGUGCUGGUGUGGACCUGGGAACACGAGUAGGAGGCGGUGGCGGUGCUGGUGUGGACCUGGGAACACGAAUCGGAGGCGGCUCCAGCAUAGACCGGAACAUAAGAAUUGAAGGGGAAGAAACGGAAGACCUGGAUUCUGAAGACAUCCAUACCUCGACAGUCAUCAUCUCACGAAACAGGACUCACGGAGGAGGCAGCAGAGCAGGACAAGGAGAAGACACAGAUGACUUCACAGAAGAAACCAUUGAUGACUUGAAGGACUACAACGAGGAAUAUGAUUACUUUGAUUUGGGUAAAGGUGAUGAAGAAGUUUUUGGCCCAGGUUCACCUGCAGAGACUAAUCCCGACUAUGUGGCGACUGGCGGUUUGAAGGGGGAGAAGGGUCAGAAAGGAGAGCCGGCCAUAAUCGAACCGGGAAUGCUGGUUGAAGGUCCUCCAGGUCCUGAAGGCCCAGCUGGUCUUCCAGGCCCCAUUGGUCCAACAGGCUCUGCGGGUAUUCCUGGAGAUCCAGGCGACAGAGGCCCACCAGGCAGACCGGGUCUCCCAGGAGCAGAUGGAUUGGCAGGACCCCCAGGGACUGUCCUCAUGCUGCCUUUCCGCUUCAGUGCUGGAGGAGAUGCCGGACAGAAAGGACCUGCCGUGUCUGCACAGGAAGCCCAGAUGCAAGCCAUCAUGCAGCAAGCCAGACUCGCCAUGAGAGGCCCAACAGGCCCGAUGGGUCUUACUGGAAGGCCAGGUCCUCUGGGUCCUCCGGGUGUGCCAGGACAGAAGGGUGAAUCUGGAGACAGCGGCCCACAGGGUCCCCGUGGUCCCCAAGGCCCUCCAGGUCCUUCAGGAAAAGCCGGGCGCAGGGGACGCGCUGGUUCUGAUGGUGCUCGAGGAAUGCCCGGUCAAACUGGAACCAAGGGUGACCGAGGGUUUGAUGGUCUUGCUGGUUUGCCUGGUGAAAAGGGCCACAGGGGUGAAUCAGGCCCACCCGGCCCGCCCGGGCCUCCAGGAGACGACGGAGAAAGGGGAGAUGAUGGAGAGGUUGGACCAAGAGGAUUGCCAGGUGAACCAGGACCCCGUGGACUGUUAGGGCCUAAAGGACCCCCCGGACCUACUGGCUCACCUGGUGUAACUGGUUCUGAUGGUCAGCCAGGUCCCAAAGGCAAUGUGGGUCCUCAAGGGGAGCCAGGCCCACCGGGUCAGCAGGGAAAUCCCGGAGCUCAGGGACUUCCAGGUCCUCAAGGUCCCAUCGGCCCACCGGGAGAAAAGGGUCCAUUUGGUAAGCCUGGUCUCCCUGGUAUGCCUGGAGCAGAUGGUCCUCCGGGUCAUCCUGGUAAAGAAGGUCCUUCCGGCGAGAAAGGGAAUGUUGGACCAGCUGGCCCACAAGGUCCUAUUGGAUAUCCAGGACCCCGAGGAGUAAAGGGUGCUGAUGGCGUCCGAGGCUUGAAGGGAAACAAAGGUGAAAAGGGAGAAGAUGGCUUCCCAGGAUUCAAGGGUGACAUGGGAAUAAAAGGGGACAGGGGUGAACUUGGUGCUGCUGGUCCACGGGGAGAAGAUGGCCCUGAAGGACCAAAGGGGCGGAGUGGCCUACCGGGUGAUGCAGGACCUCUGGGUCCUUCUGGAGAGAAGGGUAAACUUGGUGUUCCAGGCCUCCCCGGCUAUCCAGGACGACAGGGUCCAAAGGGAUCUCAGGGCUUCCAAGGUUUUCCAGGAGCUAACGGUGAAAAAGGAGGAAGGGGUACUGCUGGCAAGCCAGGACCAAGGGGACAGAGAGGUCCCACUGGUCCUCGUGGAGAAAGAGGUGCAAGAGGUCCCACUGGAAAGCCUGGGCCUAAGGGAAACUCAGGAGGUGAUGGCCCACCCGGUCCUCCCGGUGAAAGGGGGCUUCCUGGACCUCAAGGACCCACUGGAUUCCCUGGCCCUAAAGGUCCUCCUGGCCCUGCAGGAAAAGAUGGACUUCCUGGACACCCUGGCCAAAGAGGUGAAACGGGUUUCCAAGGCAAAACCGGACCUCCUGGCCCUCCCGGUGUCGUUGGACCCCAGGGCCCCACAGGGGAGACUGGACCAAUGGGAGAGCGAGGACAUCCAGGACCUCCUGGCCCACCUGGUGAACAGGGCCUUCCAGGACCUGCUGGAAAAGAAGGAUCAAAGGGAGACCCUGGGCCUCCUGGUCCAACCGGAAAAGAUGGCCCACCUGGUCUAAGAGGGUUCCCUGGCGACAGAGGCCUCCCUGGCACACAAGGAGCAGCUGGAUUGAAAGGCAAUGAGGGACCCAGUGGACCACCAGGCCCAGCUGGUUCACCUGGUGAGAGGGGAGCUGUUGGUCUAGCCGGUCCCAUCGGUCUCCCUGGCAGACCUGGACCCCAAGGCCCACCAGGCCCAGCUGGAGAGAAAGGUGCUCCGGGUGAGAAAGGCCCACAAGGUCCUGCUGGACGAGAUGGAAUCCAAGGACCAGUAGGCCUCCCUGGGCCAGCUGGACCUCCAGGACCUCCUGGUGAAGAUGGAGACAAGGGUGAGAUUGGGGAACCCGGACAGAAAGGAAGCAAAGGUGACAAGGGUGAGCAGGGUCCUCCUGGUCCUACUGGUCCCCAGGGUCCUAUCGGACAGCCCGGCCCAGCUGGAGCUGAUGGAGAGCCAGGACCACGUGGACAACAGGGUCUCUUUGGUCAGAAAGGUGAUGAAGGUCCUCGAGGUUUUCCUGGGCCACCUGGUCCAGUUGGCCAGCAGGGUUUACCUGGUCCCCCUGGUGAGAAGGGUGAAACUGGUGACGUUGGUCAAAUGGGCCCACCUGGUCCUCCUGGACCAAGAGGUCCUUCAGGCCCACCCGGAGCAGACGGCCCUCAAGGACCCCCUGGAGGCAUUGGAAACCCAGGCGCUGUUGGUGAGAAGGGUGACUCUGGUGAAGCUGGUGAACCUGGACCACCUGGCGAAGUGGGACCUCCAGGUCCAAGAGGAGAGAGGGGAGAGAAAGGGGAAGCCGGUCCACCUGGUUCAGCAGGUCCACCUGGUCCUAAAGGCCCUCCAGGAGACGAUGGGCCAAAAGGCAGCCCUGGUCCAGUUGGCUUCCCCGGAGACCCAGGACCCCCAGGAGAACCUGGCCAGCCAGGUCAAGAUGGUCCCACUGGUGACAAGGGUGAAGACGGCGAAGCAGGACAACCUGGGUCACCUGGUCCUACUGGCGAGUCUGGGCCUUCAGGCCCUCCAGGAAAACGAGGUCCUCCUGGUGCUGCAGGUCCAGAGGGCAGACAGGGUGAAAAAGGUGCAAAGGGUGAACCUGGCCUGGAAGGUCCACAAGGAAAGACCGGUCCAGUUGGUCCACAAGGAGCUCCAGGAAAGACAGGCUCCGAGGGUCUCAGAGGAAUCCCGGGUCCAGUGGGUGAACAAGGACUUCCAGGAUCUCCAGGCCCAGAUGGUCCUCCUGGCCCAAUGGGACCUCCUGGAUUACCAGGCCUGAAGGGCGACUCAGGAUUGAAGGGCGAAAAGGGUCACCCCGGCCUAAUUGGAAUGAUUGGGCCUUCUGGAGAGCAGGGUGAGAAGGGUGACCGAGGUCUUCCGGGCCCUCAGGGCUCUCAUGGUCCAAAGGGAGAUUCUGGCAUUGCUGGUCCUGCUGGUCCACUUGGCCCACCAGGCCCCCCUGGACUGCCGGGUCCACCCGGUCCUAAAGGUGCUAAGGGUUCAUCGGGUCAAACAGGCCCCAAGGGUGAAACGGGAGUGCCCGGACCUCCAGGUCCUGCGGGGCCUCCCGGUGAUGUCAUUCAUCCGCUGCCCAUCCAAUCAUCCAAGCGAAGCAAGCGUAACAUUGAUGCCAGCCAGCUGAUGGAUGAAGGCAACUCUGAAAAUUACAUGGACUAUGCAGAUGGCAUGGAGGAAAUCUUUGGCUCUCUCAACUCUCUGAAGCUGGAAAUUGAACAAAUGAAACAUCCCUUGGGUACUCAGAACAACCCGGCGCGCACGUGCAAGGACCUGCAGCUGUGCCACCCAGACUUCCCAGACGGUGAAUACUGGAUCGACCCCAACCAGGGCUGCUCCCGAGAUUCCUUCAAGGUGUAUUGUAACUUCACAGCUGGAGGAGAGAGCUGCAUCUAUCCAGACAAGAAGUCCGAAGGAAAUAAAAUGGCCCGUUGGCCCAAAGAGCGGCCCAAUACUUGGUAUAGUCAGUACAAGCGGGGCUCAUUGCUGUCAUAUGUGGAUUCAGAUGGCAACCCAAUCGGAGUCGUGCAGAUGACCUUCCUCAGACUUCUGAGUGCUUCGGCCCGCCAGAACUUCACCUAUAACUGCUACCAGUCUGUGGCCUGGCAUGAUGCCACUCUGGAUAACUACGACAAAGCCAUUCGCUUCCUGGGAUCAAACGAUGAGGAGAUGUCCUACGACAACAAUCCUUACAUCAGCACACUGGUCGACGGCUGUGCAUUAAAGAAGGGCUAUGAGAAGACCAUCCUCGAGAUCAACACCCCUAAAGUGGAGCAAGUUCCAUUCGUUGAUGUCAUGUUCAACGAUUUUGGCGACGCGACGCAAAAGUUUGGUUUUGAAAUCGGGCCGGUGUGCUUCAUGGGUUGACGUGUCUCUGAAAAAUCAAGAAAGAAAACAAUACAAAGGACGCAUUUUUAACCAUCUCCAAAAAUAAAGGUUUUUUUUUUUUAAGGAAAAAAGAAAAAAGAAAAAAAGAACAGCAACCUUACAACCUCAGCGUGCCUCUCUCGUCACAUGCAGGUUUUGGAAAACUGGACAAAUGGGACUCUUCAUCUGCCAUCAUUGAAUUCCACUUCUCUCUGGCAUUAACAUGUUGCCACGGUUGCAAGUCCAGUCACAUGACCCAAAAAAAAAAAAAA